AGCAAAUUAAUAUGGUUAUAUUGUUUCGUGUUGUCUGUGGUUUAUUUUAGCAUUUGUGUGAACAUACAAUAACAUUGUGUAUUUGACUGAACGCCGCGUCUCUUGAUCCUGUCUGAGGAAAAGCUGAAUUAUUGUGUUUGUACAAGAUCUUCCAUCCAGAGUCAGUGUUGGAGAUCAGAUUCUGUUUCAACUGUUCAGAUUCAUCAUGGAUGACACACAAACAUCCAGAGAUGAAGAUUUUUCUCCAGGAUGCAGUUCAGUUCAUCAGAAGAGAUCAGAACCAGAUCCCAGCUGUGUGUCUAUGAGGAGUGACAGGUCCAUGGGUCAUAUAGUAAAUUUUAAGAGUGGAGAUACACAGACUGAUCUGAGUUCAGUUCACCAGAAGAGAUCAGAACCGGAGUCCAGCUGUGUGUCUAUGAGGAGUGACGAGUCUAUGGGUCAUAAAAUACAUUUUCCGAGUGGAGAUACACAGACUGAUCUGAGCCAUGAAGUCCCCAACAGGUUUAGAUCAAAUCUGAAGAAGAAGUUUGAGUGUCUGUAUGAGGGAACAGCACAGCAGGGAAACCCAACACUCCUGAAUGAGAUCUACACAGAGCUCUACAUCACAGAGAGUGAGAGUGGAGAGAUCAGUAAUGAGCAUGAGGUGAGACAGAUUGAGACACAAUCCAGGAGAGCAGCAACAGAGGACACACCGAUCCAAUGCAAUGACAUCUUUAGACCUUUACCUGGACAAGACAAACCCAUCAGAACUGUGCUGACAAAGGGAGUCGCUGGCAUUGGAAAAACAGUCUCUGUGCAGAAGUUCAUCCUGGACUGGGCUGAAGGGAAAGAGAAUCAGGACGUCCAGCUCAUAUUUCCACUUCCUUUCAGAGAGAUCAAUUUGAUGAAGGACAAAACACUCAGUCUUUCUGAUCUUCUUCAUGUCUUUUUCCCUGAAACAAAAGAAAUGGAAAUAUCCAGUGACAAAUAUAAAGUGUUGUUCAUCUUUGAUGGUCUGGACGAGUGUCGUCUGUCUCUGGAUUUUCAGAGCGAUGUGAGGUUGUGUGAUGUAAGUGAAUCAGCCUCAGUGGACGUGCUGCUGAUGAACCUCAUUGCGGGGAAUCUGCUUCCCUCUGCUCUCAUCUGGAUCACCUCCAGACCAGCAGCAGCUGAUCUCGUCCCCUCUGAGUGUGUCCAUCGAGUGACAGAGGUACGAGGCUUCAGUGACCAACAGAAGGAGGAAUACUUCAGGAAGAGAAUCAGUGAUCAGAGUCUGGCCAAUACAAUCAUCACACACCUGAAGUCAUCAAGGAGCCUCUACAUCAUGUGCCACAUCCCAGUGUUCUGCUGGAUCUCAGCCACUGUUCUAGAGAAGAUGUUGAGUGAAGCAGAGAGUGGAGAGAUUCCCAAGACUCUCACUCAAAUGUACACACACUUCCUGAUCCUUCAGACCAACAUCAAACAUGAGAAGGACUAUGAGAAGAACGUGAAAGAUGAAGACAUGAUCCUCAAACUGGGGAAAGUGGCUUUUCAGCAGCUUGUGAAAGGCAAUGUGAUCUUUUAUGAGGAAGACCUGAGAGAGUGUGGCAUUGAUGUGACAGAAGCAUCAGUGUACUCAGGAUUGUGCACUCAGAUCUUCAGAGCGGAGUUUGGCUGGUAUCAGGGGAAAGUCUUCUGCUUUGUUCAUCUGAGCGUUGAGGAACAUCUAGCAGCUCUGUAUGUGCAUCUCUCCUAUACAAACAACAACAUAAAUGUGUUUGAGCCCAUCACUAAACAGAGUUUGCUGUCUAAAGUUAAGGAGAGAUUUAAACAUGUUUCAUUAUCUGAGCUGCAUCAGAGAGCUGUGAAUGAGGCUCUACAGAGUAAAAAUGGACAUCUGGAUCUUUUCCUGCGGUUUCUUCUGGGUCUGUCAGUGGAGUCUCAUCAGAUUCUCCUACAAGGACUAAUGAAACAGAGAAGCAGCCGAUCUGACAGCAAUAAGAAAACAGUUGAGUACAUCACGAAGAAGAUCAGGACCAUUGACUCUCCAGAGAAAUCCAUCAAUCUGUUCCACUGUCUGAAUGAACUGGGUGAUCAUUCACUAGUUGAGGAAAUACAACAUUAUCUGAAAUCUGGAAGACUAAAGGAAGCCAAACUCUCUUCAUCUCAGUGGUCAGCUGUAGUCUUUGUGUUGUUGACGUCAGAGAAGAAGCUGGACGAGUUUGAUCUCACAAAGUUUAUUCUAGGAAACAAUAAAGCUGAAGAUAUGAAAGUUUUUCAGAAGCUGCUGCCCGUGAUUAAAGAAUCCAGAUCAGUUCAGUUGGUUGAUUGUGGAGUCACAGAUGAAGGUUGUGCUGCUCUGACUUCAGCUCUGAGAUCAAACCCCUCACACCUGAGAGAACUGAAUCUGACUGGGAAUAAAAUAGGAAAUUCAGUGAAUCUGCUGUCUGAUGUACUACAGGAUCCUCACUGUAAACUGGAGAAAGUGUGGUUGAGUGAUUGUGGAGUCACAGAUAAAGGCUGGGCUGCUCUGACUUCAGCUCUAAGAUCAAACCCCUCACACCUGAGAGAUCUGAAUCUGUCUGGGAAUGAAAUAGGAAAAUCAGUGAAUCUGCUGUCUGAUGUACUACAGGAUCCUCACUGUAAACUGGAGAAACUGUGGUUGAGUUAUUGUGGAAUCACAGAUGAAGGUUGUGCUGCUCUGACUUCAGCUCUGAGAUCAAACCCCUCACACCUGAGAGAACUGGAUCUGUCAUGGAAUGAAAUAGGAAAUUCAGUGAAUCUGCUGUCUGAUGUACUACAGGAUCCUCACUGUAAACUGGAGAAACUGUGGUUGAGUUAUUGUGAUAUCACAGAUGAAGGUUGUGCUGCUCUGACUUCAGCUCUGAGAUCAAACCCCUCACACCUGAGAGAACUGGAUCUGUCUGAGAAUAUAAUAGGAGAAUCAGUGAAUCUGCUGUCUGAUGUACUACAGGAUCCUCACUGUAAACUGGAGAAACUGUGGUUGAGAUAUUGUGGAGUCACAAAUGAAGGUUGUGCUGCUCUGACUUCAGCUCUGAGAUCAAACCCCUCACACCUGAGAGAACUGAGUCUGUCACUGAAUGAAAUAGGAAAUUCAGUUAAUCUGCUGUCUGAUAUAUUACAGGAUCCUCACUGUAAACUGGAGAAACUGUGGUUGAAGGAUUGUGGAAUCACAGAUGAAGGUUGUGCUGCUCUGACUUCAGCUCUGAGAUCAAACCCCUCACACCUGAGAGAACUGGAUCUGUCAUGGAAUGAAAUAGGAAAUUCAGUGAAUCUGCUGUCUGAUGUACUACAGGAUCCUCACUGUAAACUGGAGAAACUGUGGUUGAGUUAUUGUGAUAUCACAGAUGAAGGUUGUGCUGCUCUGACUUCAGCUCUGAGAUCAAACCCCUCACACCUGAGAGAACUGGAUCUGUCUGAGAAUAUAAUAGGAGAAUCAGUGAAUCUGCUGUCUGAUGUACUACAGGAUCCUCACUGUAAACUGGAGAAACUGUGGUUGAGAUAUUGUGGAGUCACAGAUGAAGGUUGUGCUGCUCUGACUUCAGCUCUGAGAUCAAACCCCUCACACCUGAGAGAACUGAAUCUGUCACUGAAUGAAAUAGGAAAUUCAGUGAAUCUGCUGUCUGAUAUACUACAGGAUCCUCACUGUAAACUGGAGAAACUGUGGUUGAGAGAUUGUGGAGUCACAGAUGAAGGUUGUGCUGCUCUGACUUCAGCUCUGAGAUCAAACCCCUCACACCUGAGACAACUGAGUCUGUCACUGAAUAAAAUAGGAAAAUCAGUGAAUCUGCUGUCUGAUGUACUACAGGAUCCUCACUGUAAACUGGAGAUACUGUGGUUGUGGGAUUGUGGAGUCACAGAUAAAGGUUGUGCUGCUCUGACUUCAGCUCUGAGAUCAAACCCCUCACACCUGAGAGUACUGGAUCUGUCUGAGAAUAAAAUAGGAGAAUCAGUGAAUCUGCUGUCUGAUGUACUACAGGAUCCUCACUGUAAACUGGAGAAACUGUGGUUGAGAUAUUGUGGAGUCACAGAUGAAGGUUGUGCUGCUCUGACUUCAGCUCUGAGAUCAAACCCCUCACACCUGAGAGAUCUGGAUCUGUCGGGGAAUGAAAUAGGAAAUUCAGUGAAUCUGCUGUCUGAUGUACUACAGGAUCCUCACUGUAAACUGGAGAUACUGUGGUUGAGAUAUUGUGGAGUCACAGAUAAAGGUUGUGCUGCUCUGACUUCAGCUCUGAGAUCAAACCCCUCACACCUGAGAGAACUGAAUCUGACUGGGAAUGAAAUAGGAAAAUCAGUGAAUCUGCUGUCUGAUGUACUACAGGAUCCUCACUGUAAACUGGAGAUACUGUGGUUGAAGGAUUGUGGAGUCACAGAUAAAGGUUGUGCUGCUCUGGCUUCAGCUCUGAGAUCAAACCCCUCACACCUGAGAGAACUGAGUCUGACUCGGAAUAAAAUAGGAAAAUCAGUGAAUCUUCUGUCUGAUGUACUACAGGAUCCUCACUGUAAACUGGAGAAACUGUGUUUGAGAUAUUGUGGCGUCACAGAUAAAGGUUGUGCUGCUCUGACUUCAGCUCUGAGAUCAAACCCCUCACACCUGAGAGAACUGGAUCUAUCUGGGAAUAAAAUAGGAGAAUCAGUGAAUCUGCUGUCUGAUGUACUACAGGAUCCUCACUGUAAACUGGAGAAACUGUGGUUGAGAGAUUGUGGAGUCACAGAUGAAGGUUGUGCUGCUCUGACUUCAGCUCUGAGAUCAAACCCCUCACACCUGAGAGAACUGAAUCUGUCUGGGAAUAAAAUAGGAAAAUCAGUGAAUCUGCUGUCUGAUGUACUACAGGAUCCUCACUGUAAACUGGAGAAACUGUGGUUGAGAUAUUGUGGAGUCACAGAUGAAGGUUGUGCUGCUCUGACUUCAGCUCUGAGAUCAAACCCCUCACACCUGAGAGAACUGGAUCUGUCUGGGAAUAAAAUAGAAAAUUCAGUGAAUCUGCUGUCUGCUGUACUACAGGAUCCUCACUGUAAACUGGAGAAACUGUGGUUGAGAUAUUGUGGAGUCACAGAUGAAGGUUGUGCUGCUCUGACUUCAGCUCUGAGAUCAAACCCCUCACACUUGAGAGUACUGAAUCUGUCUGGGAAUAAAAUAGGAAAUUCAGUGAAUCUGCUGUCUGAUGUACUACAGGAUCCUCACUGUAAACUGGAGAAACUGUGGUUGAGUAAUUGUGGAGUCACAGAUGAAGGUUGUGCUGCUCUGACUUCAGCUCUGAGAUCAAACCCCUCACACCUGAGAGAUCUGGAUCUGUCUGAGAAUAAAAUAGGAAAAUCAGUGAAUCUGCUGUCUGAUGUACUACAGGAUCCUUACUGUAAACUGGAGAGACUGUGGUUGAGUGAUUGUGGAGUCACAGAUGAAGGUUGUGCUGCUCUGGCUUCAGCUCUGAGAUCAAACCCCUCACACCUGAGAGAACUGAGUCUGUCUGUGAAUAAAAUAGGAAAUUCAGUGUCUCUUCUCUUUGAUGUACUACAGGAUCCUCACUGUAAACUGGAGACACUGUGGUUGAGAGAUUGUGGAGUCACAGAUGAAGGUUGUGCUGCUCUGACUUCAGCUCUGAGAUCAAACCCCUCACACCUGAGAGAACUGAAUCUGUCACUGAAUAAAAUAGGAAAUUCAGUGUCUCUUCUCUCUGAUGUACUACAGGAUCCUCACUGUAAACUGGAGAAAUUGUGGUUGAGAGAUUGUGGAGUCACAGAUGAAGGUUGUGCUGCUCUGGCUUCAGCUCUGAGAUCAAACCCCUCACACCUGAGAGAACUGAGUCUGUCACUGAAUAAAAUAGGAAAUUCAGUGUCUCUUCUCUCUGAUGUACUACAGGAUCCUCACUGUAAACUGGACAAACUGGGGUUGAGAGAUUGUGGAGUCACAGAUGAAGGUUGUGCUGCUCUGACUUCAGCUCUGAGAUCAAACCCCUCACACCUGAGAGAACUGAGUCUGUCAUGGAAUAAAAUAGGAAAAUCAGUGAAUCUGCUGUCUGAUGUACUACAGGAUCCUCACUGUAAACUGGAGAAACUGUGUUUGAGAUAUUGUGGCGUCACAGAUGAAGGUUUUGCUGCUCUGACUUCAGCUCUGAGAUCAAACCCCUCACACCUGAGAGAACUGAAUCUGUCUGGGAAUAAAAUAGGAAAUUCAGUGAAUCUGCUGUCUGAUGUACUACAGGAUCCUCACUGUAAACUGGAGAAACUGUGGUUAAGUGAUUGUGGAGUCACAGAUGAAGGUUGUGCUGCUCUGACUUCAGCUCUGAGAUCAAACCCCUCACACCUGAGAGAACUGGAUCUAUCUGGGAAUAAAAUAGGAAAAUCAGUGAAUCUGCUGUCUGAUGUACUACAGGAUCCUCACUGUAAACUGGAGAAACUGUGGUUAAGUGAUUGUGGAGUCACAGAUGAAGGUUGUGCUGCUCUGACUUCAGCUCUGAGAUCAAACCCCUCACACCUGAGAGAACUGAGUCUGUCUGAGAAUAAAAUAGGAAAAUCAGUGAAUCUGCUGUCUGAUGUACUACAGGAUCCUCACUGUAAACUGGAGAAACUGGAGUUGAGUGAUUGUGGAGUCACAGAUGAAGGUUGUGCUGCUCUGACUUCAGCUCUGAGAUCAAACCCCUCACACCUGAGAGAACUGGAUCUGAAUUGGAAUAAAAUAGGAAAUUCAGUGAAUAUGCUGUCUGAUGUACUACAGGAUCCUCACUGUAAACUGGAGAAACUGUGGUUGAGUAAUUGUGGAGUCACAGAUGAAGGUUGUGCUGCUCUGGCUUCAGCUCUGAGAUCAAACCCCUCACACCUGAGAGAACUGAAUCUGACUGAGAAUAUGAUAGGAAAAUCAGUGAAUCUGCUGUCUGAUGUACUACAGGAUCCUCACUGUAAACUGGAGAAACUGUGGUUGAGAGAUUGUGGAGUCACAGAUGAAGGUUGUGCUGCUCUGGCUUCAGCUCUGAGAUCAAACCCCUCACACCUGAGAGAACUGGAUCUCUCUUGGAAUAAACUAGGAAGUUCUGGUGUGACGCUUCUCUGUGCUGCUCUCAAGAAUCCUCACUGUAAACUGAAGAUACUGUGGUUGUGGGAAUGUGGUGUCACAGAUGAAGGUUGUGCUGCUCUGGCUUCAUUACUGAGAUCAAACCCCUCACACCUGAGAGAACUGGUUCUGUCUUGGAAUAAUCUACGAGAUUUGGGCAUGAAGCUUCUCUGUACUGGACUUGAAGAUCCUCACUGUAAACUGGAGAAACUGUGGUUGAGGGAUUGUGGAGUCACAGAUAAAGGUUGUGCUGCUCUGGCUUCAGCUCUGAAAUUAAACCCCUCACACCUGAGACAUCUCAAUCUGUCUGAGAAUAACCUAGGAAGUUCUGAAGUUCAGUUACUUUUUGAUCUGAAGGAUGAUCCACAUUAUAAACUUCAAGAACUAUAUUACUGACUCAGUGUUUAGACAUCAGUCCAAUUUCCUCAGGAUCAGCUGAUGGUGAAUAAGGAGACUGAAGACACAGACACACAGCGAUCACUGUGAUUUGUGACUUUGUAAUGUAAUUAUUUUCUCAUGUCCUUCUGUUUUUGCUGUUAUUUUUUAUUGAAAUAUUUGCUUUCUUAAUGAUCUUACACUCUAAAAUAAGAGUGUAAUAUUUUACAAACAUUUUCUAUACAUUUAAGUAUAGGUGAAAGCAUUUUAAGGCCAGAUUUACUAAACGGGGCAAAUUAGCGUGAUAGCGCAAUUCCACAAAUGCGCCAAUGGGAGUGGCAAGUUUUGCGCGUAAUCUACUGCUGACUCGCAAAUUAAAGAACACAGAUGCAGUCGAUUAAUUUACAUAAUGACCAACACAAUCUACCAAAAGCAGCACAUAUUAGCGUUGAAUCGCAAUAAGCAGAGAUGAUGUUCAUCAUCAGGUGUGGGUCGACACAGACGCAACUUGUUACAUGUAAUAUAUGGAUAACGUCUUCCUCUGGCAUUCCAAAGAAAUUAAUGAGAUAUUUUCUUCCUUCUACCUCGCGCUCUCUGUUCUGUGCGGUGUCUCCUCCUAGCAGUAACAAUUGCAGCCAUGUCACAAAAUGGGUUAAGACAUGCUUGUUUUGGGUGUUAAAUAAUGGCGCAAAUACCAGUAAAUUGACUAGCACAAACAUUAGUAAAUCGCGUUGCGUGAUUCAUCCAUGCCUUUUCAGUGCUAAUUUUGCACUGCAUGCCUUUAGUAAAUCCCGACAGUAGUUUUUUUAACGCCAAAAGAGGGUUUGCGCUGGCGCAAGCUGUUAGUAAAUCUGACCUUUAGACUCUUUAAAAAAAGAAAAGAAUUGCCUUUUUUUGUCUUACCAGCAGAGGGUGACAAAAGCAAAUUAUUUCAGUAUGGCUGUGUUGGAGAGGCAUACUAUCAGACUACUCUUAUUAUUUCUGUAGUGUCCAGUAUGUAUACUGUGUGUAAUAGGCUAUGUAAAUUUUCUGUAUGUAUGGAAUACCUGGAUGACCUGCUAUAAUUGUCAUCAUCUGCAAAAUACAACUCAAGAACAAUGGCAUACUUGGAAUGGCAUACUACCAUACAACUCCUACUAUAUUGCAGUAUGCAGUGUGUAUACUGUGAAUAGUAUGUGAAUUUCCGAAUUACCUACUACAUUUGCUGAAAUCUGAUGUAUGAAUCUUAGAACACUGCAUGAAAUACUGUUUCCCACAAAGCAACAUGUGACGUUUCAUCUUCGUGAAGAGUGCGGCGUCAGUAAACUGGAAGUGGGGAAUAAUUUUUAUAAGUACAAAUGUUACUCUAAAGUACAAACCAGCUGUGUUUCCGAAAACACUAUUGUUACAUAAAUUGCACUUUAAUCUCUACGGCCUGUUUCAAGUCCCCUUUAUUUAUAUAGCACUUUAUACAAUACAGAUUUCAAAGCAACUUUGAGUUCAACAGAGCUCUAAAAAGAAAAUAGUGUCAUUGUUCAGCUGAUGUCUGUUUAGUGUUGAUAUUAGUUCAAUAACUGUAAAAUUCACCAUUGCAUUCAGUAUAAACAAAUCUUUCUCAUUUUUGCGUUUAAUCCGUUUAAUUGCGUUUAAUAAGUUAAAGUGACCCUAUUAGGGUUCCUAAUAUUGUUUUGGGAGUCUCCUACAACAGUUUUACAUGCAUGCAAGGUCAAAAAACACUUUCGUUUUCUUAUAAUAUACAUUUAAUUUCACCUCAGUUCUCAAUGUUUUGUAAACGAUUUGUUAGAAGCAGUUCAAAGAAUAAGUCUCUCUAAACCCCUCCUUUCCGUGAGCCUACACUGCUCUGAUUGGUCAGAUGGCCCAAUCCUUUGUGAUUGGUCUACUCCACGCGCCCAGUGCCAUAACUGAAUGACAGCUAUCAAUUCACAAAACAUUGUAUACAAUGUAUGGACAGAAAAGAUAGCAUCGAUUUUACCGUAUCAAUUUGACCCUUCGCCGGGAGUUUGAUUGACAGGCAGUCUAACCAAUCAUAAGGCUGAAUCUGGCAGUUUGUCCAACAAAGCAGUCAGGGGAGCUAUGCUGCGUUCCAGACGAGGUUGGACAUAGGAAUAUCCCAAAUUAAAUGUCCCACUUCAGACCUCAGUGCACUCCGGUCACAAUAAGUCACGUUCACAUGACACCAUGAGAGCAUAUUGUGUUUUUGUGUCAAUUAUGGCAAAACAGAAUAAAAUAACAUAAAAUCGCAUUGAAUUGACCUUACCAAUACAAAAAACCCCCCCCCAAAAAAAACGAACGUAUGAGUACAUUAACUUAAUAUCUAAUGUUUUACGUUCAUAUUCAUUGGAAGCAGGACACACCGACAUCUUGGAAGUGACGUCAGAUGACGCGUCUUGCUGAGGUCGGGUUGAUCGAUGUACCCCGAGUUCACACGCCGAAUGUCCGACUUUGAGCGGCGUUCCAGACAUUAUUUCGAUGUGGGAAAAAUCCAAAAUCCAUUCUGUCUGGAAUGCAGCAUUAGUAGAUUAACGUCAGUGGACUUGAACUUGAAAUGGUGUGUACUGACGUCUUUCCGUGGUUGAAACAACAUUCCUUCUGAUGUUCAUUUAUGUGUAUUUGAUUCAACAAAUUAACUAGUACAAAGAGAUUCUUUAAAAAUUACAAAAUUUUAAAUUUGAGACUUUGUUUCAUAUCAAAGGUAACCUGCUCUGUUUUGUCUGUCGACACGUUGUCAGUGUCCUCUUUGCUCUGCGGUGUAUUUUUCACUGCAUGAGAACAUGUGUGGCAUGAGCCCCCUAACGUUCCCAUAUGGUUCCCAUUUGGUUAUUUUUUGGGGGGGAACCAAAUAAGAACAUUCUCUAUUGGUUGUUUUUUUGCAACCUAAAGAGAACGUUCCCAGAACGUUCCCUGCAGGUUAUUUUUAGGUUUUAUUUUUAUAACCUAAAGAGAACCUUUCCAGAAUAUUCCCUGCAGGUUAUUUUUAUUGUUAGAUUUGAUUUUUAUAACCAAACUAAUUAACGUUGCAGAUGAUAAACCAAAUACAGAGAUUAUUCUAAUGCUGAAAUGUGUAAUUUCAUAAACUAUAUUUUGCAGAAUUACAUGUCUGAAUCAAGUUUAAUGCAGCUUUUAAUAAAUUAGCUUAGUCGAAAUGCAUUAUAAUUUUCAGAUAUCUAAAUUAAGCCAAGGUUAGUGUUUGUAUCUUUCUUUACUGUAAAAAGUGCCUCUGAGACAUUAUUUGUUGCAUAUUGUAUACUAUUUCACACAUUGUAUACUAUUGUUUUUUUUAAUUUUUAAAUAGUAAGCAGUAUGCUUACUGGGCAUUAAGCAGUAAGUUAGUGUGCCAUUCCGAACACAGCCUAUAUUUUUUGCUAGUACAUUUUCAAAUGAUAUGUGACAAAGAUGGUAUGGUUGUGACAUGAGGAGAGUUGUAACACCACCAAUUCCACCAAUAAGGAAUAAGUUAAGAAUCCUAUGAUCAUUUUAUUAUUUACACACUUCCUCACAGAUACUAUAUGAAUGGUUGUCAAGGCUGUAAAAAGGCACAUGCAUAUUUUAUAAAGAAAAAAAUAUUUUUAGUUAAGAAUGUAAUUUUUUGGACCAAAACGAUAUUUUGUUUAGUAGUAAACUUUUAGUAGUUUAGUAGUAAAUCAGACAAUGAAAAUGUUUAUGUUGUCUGUAUGGAGCCAUUUGGUAACAAAAAGAAAUGUGGGAAAAAAUGUGCCCUAUGCAGUCUCUGGGCCCAGCUCCAGGGUUAACAACAUUCAACACUGAGAAUAUUCACACAAUCUCUCACACAUGUUUACACUGUUUUGUUGUUGUUAGAUUUACAUGUUAACUGGAGUCAAGUGUUCAUUAAGCAUAAAUACCGUUAAGGAAGUUUGUUCUAGUAGACUUAUUUACGAACAGUAAGUGGAUUUGAGCUGUGGUCAGUCACAGAAAGAGAGACAUUGCUUUGCAUUGUUCUUUUGGAUUGUUUCAAUAAACCUGUUUUUGAAGCAUA